AUGCAUGCCUACCUGCUCACAUAUAAUAGUGGUCUCAUAAGCGAUUACUCUCAAACACGCCUUUUUCUAAACAGCAAGAUGUCGAAACCAAGAAGAAAGCCCCUUUUCAACAUCCUUUUGUUCACAUUUGUGGCAUGCGCAAUCUAUUUCGUCGCCUCCUCGGACAGAAAGUCUUUGCCCACACUCAUAUCAACAAGAGCUAAUUCGGCUCCUGUUGUCGAACCUGCCAAGGCAGCCAUAGCCAAACAGAAUCCAAUUGACACCAAACUGGAUGCAGAGGUUGAUCUUACCGGAGCGCAAGAUCUCGAGGGUUCAUUGACAGAGACACCCUUCAUGCCCAAGAUGGCAAACGAGACUUUGAAGGCACAACUCGGGAAUUCAGCGUGGCACUUGCUCCAUACCGUAUUGGCGCGGUUUCCCGAGGAGCCCAGUGCAUCUGAGAAAUCAACGUUGAAGCAAUUUGUCCAUCUGUUUGCUCAGGUGUACCCGUGUGGAGACUGUGCUAGACACUUCCAGAAGCUCUUGAAGAAGUAUCCCCCACAGGUGGGUUCAAGAAAGACAGCUGCAAUUUGGGGCUGCCAUAUCCACAACAAGGUCAACGAACGCCUCAACAAAGAUGAGUAUGACUGCACCAAGAUAUUGGAGGACUAUGACUGUGGGUGCGGAGACGACGAGAAGAAGACGGAUUUCACUCUCGGCAAUGAGUCCAUGGAACACUUGAGACAAAUCUCUGUUGACGAAGUGAGUCCACGUCAAGGUGGUUAG